AUGGCAACAUCUGGCUCUGGGUCUUCUUCACAAUCUAGUAGAUGUAUGACUAAUAUAACAUGGGCACAUGUUAUUGAGGGUAUAGAUCCAAAUGGAAGGAAGACAUUAAGAUGUCUUCACUGUGGGAAAGUAACUAGAGGAGGAGGUAUUUUUAGAAUGAAACAACAUCUAGCUGGAACAAAGGGGGAUGUUGGUGCUUGUAAAAAAGUUUCUUUUGAUGUUCAAUACUCCAUGAGAGAAUCACUAAAAGACAUUGGGAUAAAGAAUAAAGAGAAGACUGAUUCUAACAAGUAUAAUACUCCCUACGGUGCUCCCGUACAUGUAUUUGAGGGAGAUAUGUUAAAUGAAGAUAGUGAAGAGUUUCGUCCAUCAGGAAUUCACAUAAAUGAAGGUAGGUUUGGCAGUCAAAAACAAAGUACAAUGUUAGACAAAUCAAAGAGAAACAAAUCUAUUGGGGUUGGUGAUUAUUUUGCUCCAAGGACAAUUGGUGGAUCUCAACCAUCAAUUAGGAGUUGUUUAGCUGGAAAAGAUACUACGUGGAGAGCAGACAUGGCUUUUGGAAGAUUCUUUUAUGAUGCUUGUAUCGCAAUUAAUGCUGUAAAUUCAAUUUAUUUUCAGCCUUUGGUGGAUGCUAUAGCCACAAUUGGGCCUGGGUAUAAACACCCAAAUUAUCAUGCUUUGCGUGUCAAUUUGUUAAGAGAUGCUAAGAAGGAAGUGCAGCUUCUUGUUGAUAGUUACAAAAAGAUUUGGGAAAAUGUUGGAUUUGAUGCUUCAGAUGUUGUGAAGGAUGCUGGGACAUUGUUGAAGAUGUUUGAGGAGGUAGCUUUAUGGAUUGGACCAAAUAGUAUUGUCCAUUUUGUCUCAGACAGUGGAUCCAAUUAUAAAGUUGUUGGAAGAAUGUUGUCUGAGAAAUAUCCAAGUAUUACUUGGUCACCCUGUGCAACACAUAGCAUAAAUUUGGUGUUAAAAGACAUAGCUGAGAUGGAUCACAUAGUUUAUCUGCGAGACGGUUGGAAAGAAAUUGUUCGUCCGGCUGCAACCCGUUUUGCUACAACUUUCAUUGCAAUGAGUAGCAUUCAUGAGCACAAACAUGACUUGCAAGCCAUGGUGACAGAUAGGUCAUUUGUCGAUUCUCGAUAUGAAAAAAGUAAUAAAGGCAAAUAUGUUAUUGACAUAAUUUUGGAUAACGAUUUUUGGGAUGAUAUGGGUAAGAUAUCCAAAGUUGUGAGUCCAUUGAUGCGCUUGUUGAGGAUUGUUGACUCAGAUGAGAAGUCAGCAAUAGGAUAUGUGUAUGAUGGCAUGUACAGAGCUAAAAANGAACACUUGCCACAUGAAAAAUAA